AUGCAUAUUGGCGAGUUGUGUUUAUGUUUUUUUGAUUCGCCGCUCUCUUUAAUCCAUGCAUCGCACAUGACUUCUGAGUACGUAGCCAGUCUUGACGAUGAUGGCGUUCGCUACGAACUCGAGCGCCUUGGCUAUUCGGCUCCUCCUAUUGCUGAUGCCGUUAUGAGUAAGAUUCUUCGAAGAAAGUUGUUAAGACUUAUUGAUCCAUCUGCCGUUAUCGAUGACGUCAGGCACUACCAAAAUCCGCUCGAAACUUCCUUUCGCUGCUAA